AACGAUACCUCCUGUGUCUGCUGAGCUAUGUUCAAUAGAUGGCGCAGUUCAAAUGUUGAGAAAGUCACAUUAUACCCAAAGACUAACGCGUUGCAACACGUUGUCUGAUUCUGAAGGAAAGACGGGUGGAAUAUUUACAUCAGUUUAUAAAGCGAUUUUGUUUUUAUUGUGUGAUAUUUGCUGAGGAACUUGAGGAAGGUUUUGACACACAGUGAAGUUCCUAACACGCAUGGGAACAUGUCAGGAGUGUGUCAGGACCGAAGCAGCCGGUGGCAGAGUAUUGAAAAAGGGCUGCAGUUUAUCCAGUCUACCCUGCCGUUCAGUGGCUCUCAAGAGGAGUAUGAGGUGUUUCUUCAGGACCUGGUGAGGAAUCUGUUCGGGGAGGGCAACGAUGUAUUCAGCGAAGGGGAUUGGGCUCGGUCUGUGGAGCACUACACCGAGGCCCUAGGCGUAUCUGAAUAUGCCGAAUCGGAGGAGAUCAACAUACCUUGUAAAACGAGGGAGAGGCUGCAUGCGAACCGUGCUGCAGCUUACUUACACAUGGGCCUCCACGACCAAGCCUUCGAGGACUGUGAACAAGCUCUUCAGCUGAACGAGAACAACUACAGAGCACAGUAUAGGAAAGCCCGAUGCUUGAAAGAGAUGGGAAGACACCAGGAGGCUUAUGACAUCAUUGCUAAGUGCUCCAUGGCAGUGCCUCAGGAUGCCAGAGUGAUUGAACUGACUCAGGAGCUUGCCAAAAUACUGGGAUUGAAAAUUCGUAAAGCCUAUGUCAGAGGCAAGCCUGCCUUAAACGUUUUAUCUGGAUCCUGUGCAUCAGGAGCAACAAAUGAAAAGUUAUCUCAGAACUCUGCUUCUGUGGAAGACAUUGAAAUAGAUGAGUGUCAGUUUACUCAAGUUGUUGGCACUUUGUUGCCAGUGAACAUCCCGGUGUGUCCUCCCGGGAGUCAGAAAACGGAAGUGGAGCCUCAGCAUGUACCCAUCCAUACAAUACCACCCACUGUAACCCCCGCCGAGCGACCGAAUCCUGAGCCUGUUCCUCUGGUUAUGCCUGCAGUAAAUGAAUCCAAGCCCAGUGAUACUUAUGCACAGCUGGACUUGGAUGGAGAGUUUUUAGGAGAUGAUCUGGACGAACUGCUGGAUAAAGCAGCUCCAGCUGACCUGCCCAUGGUCAUUCCAACAGUGACUGGUCCUCUUCCCUUAACAAGCAGUAUUGGUACCCCGUGUUCCAUGGCUGCGCCUCUUCAGCCGCACCCCUACAUGAGCCACACAAUGCUCAUGGCACCACCGUGCACAGUGACUCUGCCUGCACCUUAUCACAAACCCAGCACAUCGCUCUACUACUCCAGCCUGGACUCGUUCCCUUCACAGCUGGACUCGUUCCCUUCACAGCUGGACUCGUUCCCCUCACAGCUGGAUUCGUUGGAUAGCUUAUCUAUUGCGGAAUCUCCGCCAGAAAAAGGUUUUCCACUGGAAACAGGUUUUGGCCAGCAUUCUUAUAUGAUGGGUGCCAGUGAAAGAACCUUGCCCACGCUGCCACCCAUGGGAUUGAAGUUCAGCAUGUCAGAAAGCAGUACUUAUACACAGGAGCUUCCACAGCAGGUGGACCUUGCCAAGAAUCCACUUGCUGAAAGCCAUGAGUUUAAACAAGCCUGUGCUAUGUGCUUUGUUAAAACCGGGCCUGGGCUGCUAGACUACACCUUUUAUUAUUCCGAGGAUCAUAAAUGUAAAAAGGACUUGUUGAUCGGAAGAAUCAAACAUGCUGAGGAUCUUGCAUGGAAAUUGAUCCGGCCAAGGCCCACCAAAAAUCAGUACAUGGGGCUAUAUUAUAUUUGCAAAGAUGUCGCUAACGGAGAAGAAUGUAAGUACCCCGGUCACUGCACAUUCGCCUACUGCCAAGAAGAAAUUGAUGUCUGGACCCUGGAGCGCAAGGGCUUCAUCUCCAGAGACUUGCUGUGCGAUACAAACGGGAGCCGAGCAAAGAUUAAUUUGACUGUUUCCAAAAUCCUACAGGAGCACCAAGGGAUAUUUCUGUUUCUCUGCGAGGUGUGCUUUGAUCACAAACCCAGAAAAAUCAGCAAGCCUGGUAUCUGCUCUCAUCAAGUGAAACCGCAUGGGUUUGAUCAGAAUAAGUGCCUGGUCCAUUUAUUGAAGAACCCUACGCUGAAGUAUUCCAAAAUUCGCCCAUACACUCCACCGUGCCAGCUGGAUCUGUGUAGGCACGCAGUGCGCUAUGGCUGCCAGCGAGAGGACUUCUGUUUCUUUGCCCACAGCUUCGUCGAGCUUCAAGUGUGGAUGAUGCAGCGUGAGCAAGGUAUUACACACGAAACUAUUGUCCAGGAGGCGAAGAAGUUUUGGAAUAUUGAGAACAGCACACGAGAACAGGAGCUGCAGGCCGUCUUGAAGAAGUUCGGGCCCCCUAAUCUUAAAAUGCAGUUUGUGUGUGGGCAGUGCUGGAGGAACGGCCAACUCACUGAGCCCGACAAGAACAAGAAGUACUGCAGCGCUAAAGCCAGACACCUCUGGUCCAAAGACAGACGAGUGGUCCUGGUUAGCUCAGUCGAACGGAGGAAGUGGACAGAAGUUCGCCCUCUCCCAACAAGAAAGCCUGCUCCUGCUCAGUUUGAGAUUUGUUUGCAUGUGGCUGCGGGCAAGAAAUGUCAGUAUAUUGGGAACUGCACUUUCGCCCACAGCAUGGAGGAGAAAGAUCUAUGGACGUAUAUGAAAGAUAACAAUAUUGCAGAUAUGGAGCAGCUGUAUGAUGAUUGGCUUCAGUCUCAGAGGCCAGGCAAUGGUGAAGAGAACUCAAGCAGUGCUGCUAAGGAGAACGGGAAACAGAUUCACAUGCCUACAGACUACGCAGAGGAAGUGGCUGGAAACCACUGUUGGUUGUGCGGGAAGAACUGCAACAGUGACAAACAGUGGCAGCAGCACAUCACCUCAGAAAAGCACAAGGACCGCAUGUUCAACUCGGAGGAUGACCAGAACGGCUGGCAGUAUCGCUUCCCCACGGGAGUUUUCAAAGUCUGUGAGCGGUUCCUCAAGGGUACGUGCCCCGAUGGCGAGAUGUGUACUAUGGCCCACGGCGACAAGGAGCUGAAGGAGUGGAUGGACCGCAGAGAAUUUCUACUGAUGAAACUCGCCAAAGCCCGAAAGGAUCACUUGAUCUCGCCAAACGAUAACGACUUUGGCAAAUAUAGUUUUCUGCUUAAAGACAUUAAGUAAACUUUCAUUAAUUCAAAAAUGUGCCAGAGUGCGUUUGAAAAUCGUGUGUCGGGAAUACAGUAUUGACGUGGGCGAGCUCCAGUGAAGCUCCCUACAGUUCGAGAGUGUGCACAUUCUUUUUUUUUUUUCUUUCUCUCUCUGGUUGAGGUUAAUGGAAAACAUGGACCUGGAGCUGCGUUCUGCUAAACUAUGGCUUCGUUAAUUUUAACACGGGAGAAAAAAAACACAUCAUGGUUAAUGUUCCAGCUCAGUAAGUGUUAUACAAUGGGCCUCUUUUCAGAUUCCUUGAGUUGUAAUCAGGCCAAAGACACCAAAGAAGAAAGAAUACAGUAUAAAUCAUAUAUUAAUAUUUGAUCACCUGAUCACAACAGGCUUAUGCGAGAAUUUGAUGGAUUGGUUUCCUGGACAUAGUUCCAGGAAACCAACCCGCCCAGUUUUCCCCUUUACAUUUUCUGCCAUGUAAUUCUCUUUUAGGUCCUGGCUUCAGCAUUAUUUUAUAUUCCCUGGUCUUAGCAUUGAAUUGGCCUGUUGGUAAUGGUAAAAUAAUGGUCAUAUAUUAUACAUUUAUCAUGUGACAGGAGCAUGAGGAGUAAACAUGAAGCAGUAUAUGAUGAAUAAGUCGGGGGGAAUUUCAACAAGAUGGUUUUGAAUACGUUUUGUUAGAUAGUUGGAGUUUAGUCGUCUCAUCACGCUGAGGUAAGCUUAAAUAUAUCUACAUUUUUUUCCCCAAGUUUUCUAGCUUUACUAGGUUCCCAUUCUACAUAUGUUAUGUUCUGACUUGAUCCCAAGUAACAAUCGUAUUUAUAUUAUUGAAACAUCUGCGACAGAUGCACUAGAGCCGGUCGGAAAACUCGAACCGAGAUGCUGCACUUUCAUCCUUUAAGUCUUUAGUAUUGCUGUGAAAUCACACAGGCGGUGUAUGUUUCACUUGCCAAACCAAACUGUGUGUCAUUGUAGAAAAUCAUAUUUUACCGCCUUAUUUUGUCUGACUUUUAGUGUUUUAAGUAUGAUAUUCCUUCCAGAACGCCCUGUCCCACCACAUAAAACUCAUAAAUGCCUUCAUCCUGCUAUAAAGUGAAAGAAGUCACUCAACACUUGAGAUGGCAUGAAUAAAUGAUAUGGUCGUGUAUAGUUCUCAGUAUUUAAUAUUAACAUCUUGUUUAAUGCCAUCUAGCUGUGAGACACACAUGGGGGGGGCCAGCACUGAAAAAUAUCAUUGUUUAUGCAUAGUUAAAGCAUGUUGCAAAGAAUUUUUUCAGUGUUUGUUUAUUUUUUUAUGAACAAUACAUUAGGUAUGUCAACUAUAAGCCGUACCCAUGUGUAAGAAAGUGUUACUACUAAAAUCCAGACUCACUAGUCCCCAAGUGUGUGUUCAGCUUUUCGUUCCAACCAUGCAGGAACACCCCAUUCUGCUUGUUUGAUCAGAUCUUAGUUUUCGAUCAGAGAUAUUUUUUUUUGUUGUUCUUAUUCUAUUUAAAAUAUAUGUUCAAAUGAUGUCCUUGAUUGACCUUGGGUCUUGUAUAGUGAAGGAGUAAUUACCGAAUUCCUGAUUUAAUCCAAAUUUUUUUUUUUUUUUUUUUUUUUUUUUUAAACAGCGUUGUGCUGUCCGGCUUUACUGGUAUUAUCGCUCCUUUGGGCCUCCUGUUAAGCAGCAUCUGUCCAGUUACGUUUGUUUUCCCACCUCACGCGGGACAACUCCGUAUAAAAAUACUGUCAUUCUUAAAUAUUCACUUAAUUCGCUUUAAGUUCACGAUCACGGUUUUAUUUCAGAUUCAAAUCAUUUUUUUUUCUUUCAAGAUUUUCGGAUCUUAUUACGUUUUACAGUUUUAUUCAUCAAGCGUUAUUGAGAGUUGAGGUGAAAAAUACGUCUGGAGAUCUGAACUCAGAACCUUCUGAUCAUGAGGUUAGGACCACUGAACCAUAGCAGUUGGGAGUUGGAUAUUUUUUUUCUUCUUCUUUCCUCUCUGCUUGACUGAUUUGAGACUAACGUGUGAAUAAAACAGAACAUGUUCAUAA